AUGGCCAACAUGCCCUCGUCGCAGGCCUACACCACCACCUCGGCCCAGCUCGACCACCAGCUGCCCUUCUUCCAGACCUGCGGCCCCCAGACCUCUGUGCCCGCCUACUCGACCUCGUUCGCCUACGAGCCGCUGGACUUCAACCAAAACUUCUACCAGCAGAACCCCCAGUCCUUCCCGCCCUCGUCCUUCCCGUCUGGCCUGCCGCAGACCAGCUAUCCGCUGGACGGCAGAGGCCAGCCCAUCAAGCCCGAGAUGGGCUCGCCCGUCGAGCCCUACCAGCAGAUGGGUGACCUGAACCUGAGCGGAGACGACUACCGCGUGGCCAGCUCCGGCGAGUCGGACAACGGCGGCGCCGGCGUCAAUUUCAACACCGACGUCGACACCCUCAUGAGAGCCAUCCAAGCCAAGCAGAAGACCCCCGAGGAGCGCCUCCCCGCCCCCAAGGAGCAGCCCCCGAAGAAGUCCUCGGAGAAGGGUAAGAAGAGAUAUGAGUGCGACAUGCCCGGCUGCAACAAGAGCUUCUACCAGAAGACCCAUUUGGAUAUCCACCGGCGAGCACACACUGGCUUCAAGCCUUUCGUCUGCAAGGAGCCGUCCUGCGGACAGAGAUUCUCCCAGCUUGGCAACCUCAAGACUCACGAGCGCCGCCACACGGGCGAGAGGCCGUACAACUGCGACAUCUGCGGCAAGACUUUUGCCCAGCGCGGCAAUGUGCGAGCUCACAAGAUUGUCCACCAGCACGUCAAGCCCUUCACCUGCAAGCUCGAGGGCUGUGGCAAGCAAUUCACGCAACUUGGAAACCUCAAGUCGCACCAGAACAAGUUCCACGCGCCCAUGCUUCGCUACUUGACGGCCAAAUUUGCACAAAUCCGCGAGACAGACACAGUUCCUCCUCAGGACAGGGAGCUGUUCGAGUAUUUUGCUUCUCUGUACAAGAACUCGAACAAGGGAAUCAAGGGCCGAGGCAAAGACCGACGCAUCUCCACCAUCCCCUCCGCAUCUUCUGGCAACAGCACCACUCCCCCGGCAGGAAGUGCGUCGUCUUCCUCGUCGACAACACCGGUCGCGUCGACAGCACCGCCAUCUGCCUUGUCCACGCCCGUCAGCAGCACGGCCCCCAUCGGAUCGUAUGGCGCUAGCAGCGCAGCCGUUGGGAUGACGAGCCCGUACAGCACCGUUUCAACAGCCAGCGGGCGCUCUUACACCAGCGCUAGCACGGGAGCGGGAAUCCCGCCGCCUGGGUCGGCGCGCUACAGCCACAGUGUCAGCAGCCGGAGUCCGUCGCUGAGCAGCGUCGACUCGGAGAUGCAUGGUCAGCAGCUCCACCAGCAGCACAGCCCUUACUCAGGCUACGGCGCCGCGGCGCCCGCGACAAACUACGGCCUACCCCCGCCGCAGCCCCACCACCAACAGCACGCACAAAUCUCCCAACCGCAUGUGCAGCUACCACCGCCUGGUCCGUACUUGCAACAGCAGCAGCAACAGCAGCAGCAACAACAACACCAUCACCAUCAGCAAGCACCCCAUGGCUAUAGCAAUUUGAUGUACUAG